AAUCUCACCGAUCUUAUUUCAGCUUGUCCCGUCGGGUGGUUUGGAAGCAAGUGCCAGUUCAAGUGUCACUGCUCAUCCUCGGACAAAUGCAGCAGCAACGGAGAAUGUCCGGGCGACCUGCGGUGCCAGGCCGGAUAUUUCGGUCCGAGUUGCCAGUACGGCCAACCCGCUGUUCAAAGCACAAGCUUGGAUAGUUCCAGCAACGCUUCCCUGGUUGUAGACGGUGACGUCAGUUCAUGUUCAGGAACCACCUCUGACCCGGAAGCCUUCUGGAAACUGUCAUUCACUCAGUUCCACUACAUCAGCAAAGCCAUUGUCCGCACUAAUCAAAGUAGGUCACUGAUGCAUUGUCUGUCAAAAUCAAAGUAG